UUUAAAUGGUGUGAAAUGUUGCUUCCAAAAUAACACAUUUUCAGAGACUAAGCGUUAGUCAAGCACUUCGAAGAAUUUGCUUUCUGUUUCGAUUCCACACCAAUGACGUAAUUGCUGUUCGCAGUGUUUAGUUAAUGUUUAUUUCGAUCGAUGAGUAUAGUGGCAGUGGUGAAAGCUUGAUUACAGACGUGUGUUAACUGACUCUGAGUUAAGAUGGCAGAAGAUGGAGUACGCCACAAGGUUGUGGAUAACGUCGAUGACUGCGUCAAGGCUGUCGAUGACCUCCUCCAGGAGUCUGUCGUUGCUGUGGACUGCGAGGGAAUCAAUCUGGGAAAGAAGGGCCCUCUCACUCUCCUCCAGGUGGCCAAACUAGACGGUUUUGUCUACUUGUUCAAUGUGUUCGUUGAGCCAAAAGUCUUUACCGAAGGCCAACUAAAGUCGUUUCUGGAAAAUCGAAACAUCGUUAAGGUAUUUCACGCGUGCAACCGAGACAGCGCCGCCCUGAAGUGUCAGUUCGAUGUCAUGCUGAACAAUGUGUUUGACGUGCAGACGGCACUUUUCAUCAUUGAAAAAUCUGAAGGGAGACAACUCCCAUCUGCCCGGAAGUUGAUUGAUGUUUGCAGCCGCUACACUGACGUCACUUCCCUUGAGGGAAAAGAAGACGUCACAGCCAAAUUGUACAAAGCAAUGCUGCUUAUUGGGCAACAAAAAGAAUUUACACAGGAAAUGAUCGACUACGCAUGUGCAGAUGUACGGAUUUUGAUACCCGAGGUGUAUGAGAAAAUGAAAAGCAUACUUGACGAUAAGGAUCUCUGGAGAAGUUUCAGGGAAAGGGUAGAUUACGAGCUGAACUUUCGAUGGAACGAAGCAGUGAAGUCAAACAGCGAUGAAUUCAUGUCAGUCGCGAAGAAGGUUCUGCGCCAGUUUGAAUUGAAGUACGCAAGCGAUAUCGCUUUUGCUGAUAUUUCGGAUGAAGAUGAUAUUCAAGCUCUGAGACUGGUCCGAAUCACAGAAAUUGACGGGUUCCCUGUUCUUGUCAGGAGGUUGAAAAUCGAAUUUCUGAAGAACGAGCUGAAGACGAUAGAAGAAGAGAUGACUUCACAAGGGGACUCCUUCAUUGCGACUUUAUCUCACUUGAAUAUGUUGUAUGCAGCAAAGAGAAGCAACAACUUUGAACUGAAGAACUUGGCUCAAAGACUACAGCAAAGAGCUAAUGACAUACUCAAGAAAGACCUGGUCGCCAAAUACACGGAGCUAACUCCAAAAGACCAUCUCAAAGAUGAAGAGAGAAGGUUGUUACGAGAUCUCCCUGUCUCAACCGGAACCAGCUCAGCUGUCAACCCCGUCCUCCGCCAUCUUUACAACGUCAGCAUCGACAGCGACGUGGAGGAAAUUGAGACCUUGAGGCAGAAGUUCCAGCGUGAAGGCAGUCGUUUCAGACUUCACGAUGCCGACCACCGACAGUACAAGUACUUCAUCAGCGCUCCUGGGGUUCCUGAGAGGCUUAAGACAAAGGCCAAGCUAUUUCUGGACGAAUUACAGGAGGCUGGGGUGGUGGCAGCUCCCAGAAGGAGGUUGCAGUAUCAGUUUGGAUUUUGAGUGUCUUUAGAAUUGUCUCCACCAAUGUCCAAUUGAUUACCAAUAUCUGUUUUAAAAUAUACUCCUGUUACAGCAAUGACGAAGCCUCCUCAUUCCACAAAUAAUGUCCCUCAAAAUAUUCCAUUAGAGAAAGUAUUCUACAAUUGCAAUAGGUUAGGCUUGAAACUGAUGUGUCCCAGCUCCUCGUGCCUGUCAAGUACCUUGUACCUUUACUAUAUUUUGUAUUGUGAAGGUAAACUACAGAACACUGAUGCUGUGAUACACCGCUUUGACAGAUGGUAUUGGAGGUUUUAAUUUUGAGAGCACUUUUUCAACAUAUAUGUACAGGAUUCACUUGGGCUUGAGAAAUCCCCCUGAAAUAUGGAUAUUUUACCCCGAAAAAGCUCCCAAUUCGUUUUAGCCUAGAAAGGCCCCUAUUGCCAGUAAUUUGUGAUUUUACAGGAGACAAAUACAUAAUAAAAAAUACCUUGCAAUAUGACA